AUGGCUUUGCCGGAGAUAGCAAUACCGUUUAUAGUCUUAUCAAUCAUUUGGGGUGUUGUUGGUUUAGUUGCGCCAUGGUUUAUACCGAAAGGACCAAAUAGAGGGAUCAUUCAAGUCAUGCUGGUUGAGACUGCUUUUGUCUGCUACGUAUUCUGGCUGCUGACCUACUUAAUGCAAUUGAACCCUCUGAUUGGUCCGCAGCUGUCCAAUGAAACCAUUCUAAUUAUAGGCCAUGAGUGGGGCGACAAAUCAUGGUUAAUAUGA